UGAGCCGGCCCCGCCCCGGCCCCGGCGGACCCUCCGCGCCGCCCCCCGUGUCCCGUGCUAUGAGCGUUCGGCGUGACUUCUCCGCAAGCAGCUGCAAAUGAAAAUGGAGGAUAUGUCUUUGUCUGGCCUGGAUAACAGCAAACUGGAGGCCAUCGCACACGAGAUCUACACGGAGCUGGUGGAGGAUGCCUGCCUGGGGCUGUGCUUCGAGGUGCACCGGGCUGUCAAGUGCGGCUACUUCUUCCUGGAUGACACGGACCCCGACAGCAUGAAGGACUUUGAGAUCGUGGACCAGCCGGGCGUGGACAUCUUCGGGCAGGUGUACAACCAGUGGAAGAACAAGGAGUGCGUGUGCCCCAACUGCAGCCGCAGCAUCGCCGCCUCGCGCUUCGCCCCGCACCUGGAGAAGUGCCUGGGCAUGGGCCGCAACAGCAGCCGCAUCGCCAACCGCAGGAUCGCGAGCAGCAACAACCUGAACAAGUCCGAGAGUGACCAGGAGGACAACGAUGACAUCAAUGACAAUGACUGGUCCUAUGGCUCUGAGAAGAAAGCAAAGAAGAGGAAGUCGGAUAAGAACCCCAACUCGCCCCGCAGGUCCAAGUCCCUGAAACACAAAAAUGGUGAGAUUGGCGGGAACCCCGACCCCUUCAAGUACAGCAACUCAGCUGGCAUCAACUACGAGACGCUGGGCCCCGAGGAGCUGCGGACGCUGCUCACCACGCAAUGCGGGGUCAUCUCCGAACACACCAAGAAGAUGUGCACCAGGUCCCUGCGGUGUCCCCAGCACACGGAUGAGCAGCGCAGGGCAGUCCGGGUUUACCUCCUCGGGCCCUCCGCGUCCCUGCCCGAGGCCGAGGGCAGCGUGGAGAACGACAGCUUCGAGGUGGCCGAGAGCCAGGCCCUGAUGAGCCGCCUGCAGUGGGACGGCUCCUCCGACAUCUCCCCCUCCGACUCGGCCUCUUCCAAAGCCAGUACAAACAACUCCGAGUCCCGCAAGACCAAGAAGAAGAAGCCGCACCUGGGGCUGGUGAGCGGCGCCCCAGGGCUCGGCUCCAGCAAGAAGAAGAAGCCCAAGCCCCCCGCCCCCCACACCCCCAGCAUCUACGACGACAUCAACAACUGAGCCCCGCCGAGCUGGGGAGGGGCAGGACGGACAGAGGGACGGACAGGGGCCAGGACAGCCCCCAGGCACCCCCCGGGCCGGACACAGCGUGGGUACCGGGGCACAGAGGACUCAGCUGUCGCUGGAGUGGGGCUGGAUUUGGGGAGCCCCCGUUAGUGCCCCCCUUUCCUCCCCCCUGCCCCGGUGCCUCUAUUUAUUCUGUGACAGUUUUUGUACCUGGGGCUCCUGUUGGGGGUCACCCUCAGACGUGGGGGUACAGCCCCCCGUUCCCUCCCUCCCAGCACCCCCAAAGCCAGCUGUGCCCCCCACAGCACCCACUCCUCACUCACACCCCAGUGGGGUGGGGGGCACCUGGACACUCUGGGCCUGGGUUGGGGGGUGGUGAGUGCCCCCUGCCCUGGGGUUUUGGGGGGAGCCCCCGCCCUGGGCUGGCACUCGCCGGUCGGGCUGGCUCAGGAAGGGGGGUCACACUCAGAGGACAAGGGAGCGCCCCGUCACCCCAGAUCUGUUCAGCUGUGCCUGCCUUUGGCUGUUGGGGGUCCCGAGGGCCUGGCAGUGCCCACGCAGGGGGUCACAGGGGGGCUGCAUGCUGCAUCCUUCAUGUUUGGGGCUGUUCAGGGGUGGGUCUGGGGGCGGGGGGAGCUGCUGGGACCAUCCCUGUGCCAAACCGUUUGGGGAGGGGGCACCCCAACCUGCCAGAGCGGAGCUGGGAAUGGAGCAGAACUGGGGGGGAAGCCCAGCCCAGCUUCAGUGCAGAGCCCCCCACUCGUGGUGUCCCCAGGGCAGCUCUGCGUGCCCUCCACGCCUGCCUGGGGACCUGCUGCUGCACUCGGGGGGUCGCUGGGGACCCCCACAGCUCUGGCAGGUGUUUGGGGGGCCGGGACCAGCGCCCCGCUGUGCGGGCCGGGGGGGGACAGGUCCCUCUGGCUGGAUCCAGCUCACCCCUGCCCUGGGAUCCCCUCCCUGCAGCUUUGCCCGUGCCAGGGGCUGUGCUGGGGACAGGCUUGGCUCCAUCCCCUCUGCUGUCCCCCCCGUGGCUGUCUGACCCCCGUCUGGCCGUGUGUCCCCAGCGUGGGGCUCUGUCUGUCCCCCCAGCCCGGUGCCCUGGCCCGUCCUCUCGCUGGGAUCACACAUUAUGGUGCUCUGACUCUGGAUUCACUAUUUGUUUUCAAACUGCUGCUAAAGGCUGGGCUGGGGGGUUGGGGGGGUCCUGCAGAGCCCUGGGCGCCUCAGAACGCUGCAGCCCCCCCUGCAUGGGGGACCCCCGUGUGCUCCCUCCUGCUGCAGCUUUGGGGCCGGGCCGCUCUGGCCACCGGGGCAUGCCAAGCUGGCCUUUGUGUGCCCCGGGGCCCGGGCACGGCGCUGUGGGCACCCAAAAACACGGGGAACCACCCCAAACUGCCUGGGGGGGGGGGCACGGUGAGCUGGGGCUGUGGGGGGAGGCAGCCUGCGCCCCUUCCCCUGCAGGAGGGGCGCUGCAGUUUGGGGUCCAAGGGGUGCAGUGGGGUUUGGGGGGCUCAGGUUGUGCCCUGUGACCCCCCCAGGUCGGUGUCCUCACCCCCCCCCCGGUGUUUCUGCGUGUCCCCCCCCCCGCAGGGGAACUGAGCCCUUGUGAGGUCUGUGUGUCCCGUGAGUGGGUUGUGGCUGCCCCUGUAAAUAAAACUGCAUCUUGACUUGGUA